AUGAAAGGAUCGAAAUUAUUUGAUGCUAAAACAGGUAUUCCCUUUCCAGUAAAAGGUAUUGCCUAUUAUCCACGACCUAAUACAGGAGAGCUUGAUAAAAAUAACAUUGACUUUUUUACGGACGAGCACGAAGACAUUUGGCAAUCUCAUAUUGAGUACCUUGCAAGAAGCGGUGCAAAUAUUGUACGAGUGUACGCCGUCGAUCCAUCCAAGUCUCAUGAUCUCUUUAUGUGUGCUCUACGUGCCAAAAACAUGUAUGCAGUCAUUGAUCUUGGUGCAAAUUGCAAGAAUUGUUCCAUUACGAAAGACAAGUAUCCAUUAUGUUACCCCAGUGAACUCAAAAGUCGUGGAGAACAAAUUAUCUCGGAAUUUGCACAAUAUGAUAAUGUCCUGGCGUUUAGUGCUGGGAAUGAAAUUAAUCAUAUUGUUGAUGAUGCAUGGACGAAUGCUCCGUGUCAAAAGAAAUUUAUUCGAGAUAUGAGAGCAUUUCUAGCGGAUCCCGAUACUACGACUAAUAAUCGAGAGAUUAAUGCCAAGUACUAUAACUGCAGAACUGACUCGAGUGAUGAGUAUGAAAAUGCACAGUGGUAUGGACUCAAUACGUAUCAGUAUUGUGAUGCAACGAUCACGGACUUAGAAUCUUCAGGUGGUUUUCUAAAACUCUUGACCGACUUUUCGUCCUAUGAUUUGACAAUUCCUGUCAUGCUCACGGAGUUUGGAUGCGUGAACCCGAGCUUUCCAACGAUAGAUGGAUACAAAGCUCAACGUACGUGGAUUCAGGCUCGAUGGCUCUUUGAUCCGACGUUUCGUGAUGUGUUUGCAGGUGGAUUUGCAUUUGAGUUCUCAACUGAGAAUGCUAAUGCGAAGGACGAAUCACCCUAUCCAUUCACGAGCUUUGGUGCUCAAAAUUAUGGACUGGGCUACUUUUCGCCUGAGGACUGUGAUCAUGACUCCGUUCCGUGCGUUUACAAUCCAAUGCCAAACUUUGACAAUUUGGCAAAACAGUACAAUGCAACUGACGUCUCUAGUGAACCUUCUAUGGAUGACUUCACCCCAGAUGAAACCACGCUGCCAUCAUGUCCGGAUGGGUUUCCAGCACUUGCCGAUGUCACGUGGGAGGCGGAUAGCGUCGAAAGUUUGACUUGUCCAUCCACUGUUCAGCAGUACGAGUGUCCUAAUCAGGAGCCAAGUGGUGAGUGGGCUGCCGACGCUGACGGGGAGGGUGCUGACAGGGCUGCAUCGGGGGCAGGCACUGGUAAGAUCAGUUCUACCUCGUCGAUUAUGACUCGAUCUAUCGUGCUAGCUACCGUCGUCAUUGCAUUUGCUACCGUUUUUUAA